CACCGACCCACGGUGAAUGCUUUCCACCGACCCGAGCAGCAGAUCGUAGGUGAAACGAAACGUUCUGCACGAAAAACAGAAACAACUAUCUUUUCAUCCGGUGUCCCCCAUCCUCCAGCUCUCUAACGUUAUUACUUUCUCUUUUCAAAUCUUUAUGAUUAUGGUUGUAAAAGUGUACGUCAGUGAAGUUUCCGGAAGUAAUGAGAUAAGAGAGCGACAGACAACAAUUUUGUUAGCACUCAAGUCUAAAAAUAUUGAUUUUGAGGUGAUCGACAUCACUGUUGACGACGCAGCUAAACUUUUUAUGCAAACAAAAUCAACCAGAUUUGGAGGAACCAGUUUCAAUUCACACCCUAUUUACCCUCUUCCGCCUCAGAUAUUUAAUGAAGAAGAAUAUUGUGGGGAUUACACCGCAUUUGAGGUUGCCAAUGAAAAUAACGAACUUUCUACGUUUUUGAAAUUGUAGAUUUGGAUUACAAGAUUCAGUGUAUUAAUUGAGAACAACUUUUAUUGUACAUGAUAGAAAAUGAAGGCAAUGA